AUGCUGUCUGCCACCUGGGGCAGCCUUUUGACUUCACUUCUGGUGACACCACUUGAUGUCGUCCGUGUGCGCCUGCAGUCUCAGACAAACGCAGCUCAUCAGCCGUCUCGGUUUACCGCCCAUACAACGCGAACAUUCAAAGCGCUUCCAGCGGAUCUUGGGGUUACUGCGUGUUGUCGGGAAGUAUUUUGGGUGGGAAAUAAUGCCGAAAUGUGUCUGGUCGGCGGCAAUGGGUCCGCCAGCCGCGGUUCGAGCAUUCUUGUCGACUGUGCGGUCGAACAUACGCGACAACGGACAUUUACCUCGACGCUAGAUGCGUUGCAGAAGAUAGCUCGCUACGAAGGACCCUUGACGUUAUGGCGGGGUCUCAGUCCAACUCUCCUGAUGGCCAUUCCCGCCAAUGUGAUCUAUUUCACUGGCUACGACUGGUUACGUUCCGAUCCUCGCAGCCCCAUCCGCAAAAUUAUCGGGGACGCCUAUGUCCCCUUAGUCGCGGGAGCAGCGGCAAGAAUUGCAGCAGCUUCUGUCAUCAGCCCGAUCGAAAUGUUCCGAACCCGGCUACAAGCCACGCCCGGCACGGGGACGGAUCAUUUCCGAGCGACACUGCGGGGACUGCACGAGAUGACUCAGGCACAAGGAUACAGUUCUCUCUGGCGUGGCUUGACGCUGACGAUGUGGCGGGAUGUCCCCUUUUCUGGUCUUUACUGGUGGGGUUACGAGCAAAUUCGAAAUGCCCUGACCGAUCUGCGGGAGAGGGCACACCGUGGCCAGGGUGCUGUCGAGCCCCGUCGAAGUCGUCGCGCAUCGCAGUCCCAUCAGAACUCGACGUCGACAUUUAUUGACAGCUUCGUCGCCGGCUCUCUUUCGGGAGCAGCGGCCGCAUUUGUGACGACGCCAUUUGAUGUUGGCAAGACGCGUCAGCAGGUCUUCCGACAGAGUGGUGACACUGUCUCUAAGGCGGGGCCUGUCCGCGAUGCGGGAGCAGUAGGGCGGUCGGAGCUGCGACCGGAACAGCUGCCGAUGCCCAAAUUCCUGUUCCACAUCUUUCGCACAGAGGGGCUCUCUGGAUUGUUCAGGGGAUGGGUGGCACGAUGCCUGAAGGUGGCACCGGCGUGUGCCAUCAUGAUCUCGAGCUAUGAGAUUGGAAAGAAGUUGGCGCAAGGAGUCAACGAGCGCCGUCAGACUGAGACCGAGGGCGACAGGGUUUGA